GUCAGCGCCCCUGGCCUGGCUUCCGCGGCCUCCCCCGGACCACCUGGUCUGCACCCGAGUUUCCAUCGCAGGAGAAUGAAACAUGACUGAGGAUUCUCAGAGAAACUUUCGUUCAGUAUAUUAUGAGAAAGUGGGUUUUCGUGGAGUUGAAGAAAAGAAAUCAUUAGAAAUUCUCCUAAAAGAUGACCGUUUGGAUAUUGAGAAACUUUGUACUUUUAGUCAAAGGUUUCCUCUCCCGUCUAUGUACCGUGCAUUGGUAUGGAAGGUGCUUCUAGGGAUCCUGCCUCCACACCAUGAGUCACACACCCAGGUGAUGCUGUAUCGUAAGGGGCAGUACUCGGAUGUCCUUCAUGCCCUGAAAGUCGUUCGCUUUGUCAGUGAUGCCACACCUCAGGUUGAAGUCUAUCUCCGCAUGUAUCAGCUGGAGUCUGGAAAGUUGCCUCGAAGUCCCUCCUUCCCACUGAAGCCAGAAGAUGAAGUGUUUCUUGCCAUUGCUAAGGCCAUGGAAGAGAUGGUGGAAGAUAGUGUCGACUGUUACUGGAUCACCCGAUGCUUUGUGAACCAGUUAAACAACAAGUACCGGGACUCCUUACCCCAGCUGCCAAAGGCUUUUGAACAGUACUUGAAUCUGGAGGAUAGCAGGCUACUGAGUCACCUGAAGAUGUGUUCUGCAGUGUCCAGACUGCCUUACGAUCUCUGGUUCAAGAGGUGCUUCGCCGGGUGCUUGCCCGAAUCCAGUUUACAGAGGGUUUGGGAUAAAGUUGUAAGUGGAUCCUGUAAGAUCCUAGUUUUUGUAGCAGUGGAAAUUUUAUUAACCUUUAAACUAAAAGUAAUGGCACUGAACAAUUCAGAGAAGAUAACAAAGUUUCUGGAAAACAUUCCCCAGGACAGCUCAGAUGCAAUUGUGAGCAAGGCCAUCGACUUGUGGCACAAACACUGUGGGACCCCAGUACAUUCAGCCUGAAUGCCGUGGACAGCCCGCCGGGCCUGCACUAAGUGUUCUUUGUGGGAUGGUCUAAGCCGAUUGAAACAGGAUUCUUGCUUUGUG